AUGGCUGGAGAGCAGCAGUCAGAAGCUCAGAGUAAGCAGGAUAGCCAGGGGGUGUCAAAGUUGCAGGAAGGUGCAGGUUGUUCAGCUGCUAUCCAUUGCAACCUGAAUCCAAGUGGUAUUGAUCACCCUGUCCCCACAGAAGGUAUUAGUCUGCAACUCGAAGGGGAAGGAGUUGAAUCGCCUUCUGUUAAGAAUACUGGUACUCCAAAAGGGCCUGAGUCAAAAGAGACACCCAAGAGGCAACAGGUGGAGCAAGAAAUAUCUAAGGCCGGGACUGUAAAGUUGACCAAGCCUGUGGCAUUAUGGACCCAGCAGGAUGUCUGCAAAUGGCUGAAGAAACAUUGCCCUAAUCAGUAUCAAAUCUACAGUGAGUCAUUCAAACAGCAUGACAUAACUGGCCGUGCUUUGCUGAGACUUACUGACAAAAAGCUUGAACGAAUGGGCAUUGCCCAGGAAAGCCUGCGACAGCACAUUCUGCAGCAAGUCCUUCAGCUGAAGGUUAGAGAAGAAGUCCGAAACCUCCAGCUGCUUACACAAGAUCUCUACUUAAACAUGGAGCAUGGUUUUUUGCGAGUCAUAGAAAAGCAGCCAGCCCUUACAGCCCAUCAAGAAGUGGAGGGAGAAAAGGAAAGGACACAACAGGAGCUCCAGCUAACUUGUGGAAUGAGCAUGGUAGAGCACGAGGAUGGAAAUGCCUUUGUCCAAGAUACAGCCUCUGUCUCUCAACUGCUUCCCUCCGUUAGUGGCAGUAGGGUCUGUUCCCCCUGGUACGUUCCCCGUGCCCCGGGGCCGUUCCAGCACGGCGGCGCCGCUCUCAGCAGGGGGCAGCAACAGCAGCAGCGGGCAGCAGCAGCAGCAGCGGAGGCACCGCUGGCAGAAGGCCAGCCCGGCCCGGGCCGCGCCGCCCCGGCCAGGGGCUGCAGGCUGCACCGGGAGGGGGACAGCAGGCGAGAGCUGGCUGGGCUGGACAAGAACCGCAAAGGAUCCCAGAAGCUGGACCAGGCCUUCCUAGAUCUCGGCCUAGCGGGGCGCUGA